AUGGCUAGCAAACUUAUGCAACUCAUCGAAACACGGACGAAACGACCCGUGCUUGACGAAUCAGACUUAAAAGUUAGCUCGCAUUGGAAACUAAUCAAAUCCGCGAUAAAACAAGAACACGGCGAUGACCCGAAGAAACUCGAUGAGAAACAGGCUUUGAAUGUGGGACAUGGUGUUCAUCCGGUGCAAUCUUUGGUUUCUGAAGAAGAAAUCGCCUUUGUGGCUUUCAAUUCUCUUAAUAAUAACUUUGUUGGAAUUGACAGAGAGGGAAACGCUUCGGUAUAUUUGGCAACUGGUUAUACGGAACCCGUCGACUCCAACAUCCUCAAAGGUCCCAUUUGCGGAAUAGUGUAUGCUAAGAAAACUAGAUUCUAUGCUGCCUGGGGACUUGAUGAAAACAUCAGAGUAAGUUAUUUAAUGCUUUACCAGGGGGUCUUUAAUUGCACAUUAUUCAAAAGAUGUACAAUGGAGCCAAGCCUUACGGCACCUGUUCAUAUGACCAUCUUGUAACUAAUGACCACAUUCGUUCAGCCAAACAUCAGAACCAUCCAGUCGUCUCGAUCCUUAUCUCGAAGGCUAAUUUCAAUACAACCACCUCAUUACUACAGUUUUCGUGGUCCUAGAGUGGUUGCAAUAACUCGAGGCCACUCUGUUGACUGUAUUGUCUCCUCUGAUAGGGGCUGCGCACUGCAUGACCACGUCUAUCAGAUGGUAACCCACUUUAGCAAUGCCAUCGCUCAGGGUCAUUGUGCAGUCUGAGAGAUGGCUGCAUUUUAGCCCAAAAAUUCCAUACUGAUGACAUAACUCUGCCCAGAAUCUGGUCAGAAGCUCUGAUUAGUUGGCAAAGUUACAGUCAAAUCCCACUUUACAGACACCCGGUUAAUACUGACAUCUCAUUAUUAUGGACAGUUUGCUUUGUUCCUUGCAAGGGAAAGCCCUCUAAUUUUCUCUAAAUUCAACCCUCUUAAUACAACACUCCAUAAAUACAGACGGACACAUUCUAUGGCCCCCUCAGUGUCUGUAUUAACAGGGCAUGAUUGCGUAAUCUUUCUCCUAUUGUUUCCUUUUGACAGACUGAAGAUGAAAGGUUGUGAAGAUCAAUAUUUUGCAAGGCACUGAAUUUAUUAAGAAGCACUCAUUUCCUAGGAAUAUAAUAGUUGCUUUGAAGAAGUAAUUCAGUUUUGCUGUCGUUAAAUUUGCAGCAGAACAAGGAAAAAUAGAAACUUGAAAAAAUCUGCAUCUGCAUGGAACCGCACAAACAGACGAUUAGUUACGUUAUUGCUUUAUACCCAUCAGUAUGGAAUUUUUGGGUAAAAAUGAAGACAUACCUCUCAUGAAAUGUCCCCAGUGACAAGGAGCAGUGAGAGGUUGUGGUAUUUGCAGGGUAAUCAGUGGGUAACAGAAGUCAUUAUGAACAAGGUGCAUUGCAUGCUAGUUUCGAAGCAUGAAGGGCUUCAAAGAGAAGCAACUGUCUCAUUUCGAACUUGCAUAGACUGCAUCUUUUAACAUCUCUAUCUUAGUUUGUGCAUUCUUUGAAUGGUGGGUCAUUGUUAAUAUUUUUUCUAUAAUUUGCAGUUACUGUCAGAUGGCUUUAAACUUGUCAGCAUGGCAACCUCUCUUAGUAGAAUAUUCAGGUAGGUCCAUGCACUAUAAUAUUAUUUUAUUAUUAUUAUUUUUUUUUUUCAAGAAAAAAAAUAGAUGAUCAGUUAAAGUUUUCAAUAUUUUUUAUCUAGUUUAAUUAGCACAAGGUGCAAAUAAUUUAGCGGUUCUAGAAACUGCUAAUGGCUGGUUAAGAGGUAUAUUUGAAUAAUUGCAUAAUUGAGUAAUGUGUUAAUUUAGAGUUUGAUGUAAAUGAAAGCUGAAAUGCAUGUCUAAACAACUGAGUAUGACAAUUUUUACUGUAUCUUUCAUCAGUGGUGUGUAUAAUGAGACAACAAAUGAGAUCAUAACUGGAGGAGUUGGAAACAUCACCGUAAGUCCCUUUUUAAAAUUUUUGCUGUUUCUUGUUGGAGCAUUUGUUGGCUUAAUGUACCUGCAUGAUGUUAAUUUAUUUAUCAGAAUGCCAGACAACUAACUCAUCAGUCUUACCUAAUCCUGUUUUUUUUUUUCUUAUUUGAUACUUUUUUAUUUAUUUAUUUAUUUCAGUGCUGGAGCUUUAGAUAUGGGGCAAAGUUUCUACUUCAGCGGAAAGUUUUGUCAGUGAGUGUUUUGAUUAAUUGUAACGUGUCUACCAAUCUUAUACCUUUUGACUUCCUCUUCCCUAAGAAAUUUAUUCAUGAGCUAAUUUAUCAAACCUUAGAUAAUAAAAAUAAGCUAACAAAUAUAUUACUAGAAAAUAGUUAGGCUAAGAAAAAUACAACUCAUUCAAAGUGCCUUUUUCUAACUAUAUUAUAAUCCUCAUAAUACAAUCAUGUGAACUUGUUUACAUUCCCUGCCUACAACAUUAAGUGUUUUCAGUUAGAUCAUAUUCCAAAAUCCCUUCUUUGGAGGCUCAGAUACCAGCUGCUGUCUUAAUUAGGAAAAUGAACCCACUUUCCAGCCCAAGAAAAGAACAAGUGAGACCGAACCCGAUGAAAUCUAGCCUGCCAUGUAUUUAGAGUUACAGUUAUUAAAGUGCAGUAUUGGUCCUGAACCUUGUUACUGACAUUAAGUUAACAAGAAAAUAUUCUAAUUCUUUUUCUUUUGCUUAUAAUUUUCCAAGGAAUGUUUGCCAGCAACCAGCAUUAUUUCAAUCCUGUGUUUAGAAGACACACCCAGCAGAUCUCAAAGAUGUUUUGCAGUUUAUCACAAUAAUGUGAUCAUUUACAACCUGCUGAAUGGCUCCUGUGAGGGUCACCUUAAGGAGCUGCAUCCCCGAGAAAUAACCACUGCCCUGUUCUUCAAUCCACUGAAGGUGAUGUAUUGCUUGUCAUUUGCUUGCUAAUGUAUACCAGUAAGGCGCUAUAAGAAUACUUCAAAAUUUAUUUGAAAAAGUGCAAAAAGUGCCAUUGGUAGUCUGGAAUGCCAUCCGUCUCCACCCCCUAACCCAUUGGGGCGUGUCCCGCAUCGCCCAGAGGCUAGGGAGUGUAGAUGGAUGACAUUUCAGACUUAGCCCAGGUGCUAAUUCCAGCAUUUGCUAAACCCAAGAGUUUGUAAGUCAGCAAUUAUUAUUUCACUAGUGCGGGUUGGAUAUGAGUUGGCUAUAAUCAUCUCAUAUGAAUCCAACAAGCGCGAGUAAAAUAAUUGUUUUAUUAAAAAUGCCCACAAAAUAUCAAGAAUUCUUCCUGACUUUAUAUGUAAAAAUAACCGAUUUUCAGCUUGUUUUUAAUUUUGAGCAGAUGCAUACAGUUACCGUUUUUGGAGAGCAUAGUAUAAUGGCUCAAAAACUAUGAUGGCUAAGCCAGUUAGAGAUCCAGAAGUGCAUUAUCCAAUGAUUCAGUGUUUGACAAUCACGCUUAUUUACCUUCUCUUUUAGUACCUUGUAACCGGGGCAAAGGAUGGGUCGAUAAAAGUCUGGGAUGACAAAGGGAACAUCAAAAUCAUCUUUGUCGGACAUUUAAAAUCAGUUAACACUCUAGCAGUUUAUCCGUUUGGUACGUACAUCAUGUCAGGAUCAAGCGACUGUACCAUCAGAGUCUGGAGUUUGGAUACUGCUGAUGAAGUGGAUCGCAUAAGCACCAAGGAACCCGUCUUUGGAUUGGGAACAAUUGUAGGAAAAAAUGACUUGUAUUCGUUUGGAAGUAAAUCGAUUGAGUUGUGGAGAAUUGAACAUAUUCAUAGCGUCUUUGCUGCCAUUGGGUAAGUAGGUGACGGUCAUUUUUUGUAGGAAGCAGGUAUAAAUAACACGACAAUACAAAUAGUAAAGGAGUGUUUUUUGUUUUUCAUUUUUGUACUUGAACAUGAAUUUUUUACAGUAUCAGGCCUAAUAAUAAUGAUGCAAAUGCCACUGUCUUAUGACUAACUUCCAUUUCCUCUGUAGGAGUAAAGUAAAAUCCAUCAAAACUACAACACAUCCAAGAGUAAGUACAUGAAUAAAAGUGUUUCUUCAUCAAAAAACCUUUACUCCAAUUCUCUGCCCCUCUCCCAUCCCUGACAAUUAAUGGGCUUUCUCACUAGCUUCGCAAGGGUCUGCGAUACACGUAUUUUUAGUAAAGGUUUUAAUCAAGGAAAAACCAGUUCCACAGACUCUUAAACUAAGUUUGCGCGUUUGCUUAAACUAAGUCUCAAGCUCCAAAUAGGAGCAUACACUGUAUAUGUAGCACUGUGGAUAUGGAAACGUGGCAUGGUCGCAAUGGGAAUGUGACACGGUAGUUAGGGGAACGUGGUACCCAUAAGUUUUGAAACUCACUCUCACUCACUAACUUAACCUGUUCAUCCCUGCUGGGCUGCAAUCAAACAACGCCGCCACUCAACCCUAUCCCGAGCUUUGGCUUGCACUUCGCCCCAUGUUGUACCCAACGCUGGACUUUGUCAAAGCCCGUUUCCGGUUUCUGUUAGAGACAUGUAGGGGGAUCGCUCCCUUUCCCUCACCUCGCGAACGUCCUUCACUCCUUCGGCGCUGACGCAGUCAACUUGUGGCAACUCUAAACCCAACUCCUCCAGCUCUUUCAUCACUAUUCUCCACCAGGUGGUUUUUGGCUGACCUCUCCUCCUCUUCCCAGUCCAUAUCAAAUGCAACUAUGGGUAUCCUGCCACCGGGUUUUUUGAAACAGUGUUGUUUUUCUUUUUCGGUUGAGUGAAAAUCAUUAAAUAGAGGGGAGUAGCUGUUACGUCACGUUGCCAUCGUAGAAGAACUUCUAGAUCUCAACAAACCGUAGUCCUACAAACAUGGUAGGAAGGGUUAGGGUUAAACGAAAAAACUGGCCUGUAUGACUUUCCUGUGCAUGACUGCGCUCAGGAACAAAACGGUAGCCCAUACAUCGUUGGACAAGGUAAAUGGCCGUCUCUGUCAAGAAAGAUUGUUGAGAUCCAGAAAUUUUGCUACCAUGGUAACAUGCAGGGCUGUCAAAACAUUUUUUAAUAGCAGGCUGAUAAUGAAUAGUAGGCGGCUUUGGAACUCGCACCAAAGGCACAAGUUCUUGAGGGCCGAGGCAUCUUGGGACAUUUCGUUGCCGUCGAAAUGUCCCAGGCGUUCCACGACAUCGCACGGUUCGAACGUUUCACAGGUCUAAACCUGUUUAAAAACGCGUUAAAUGUCAUUCAAAACUGGGAAACGAAUCCUUUACAAUUUUAUUCGACGGUGCUUAAUUUUUGUUAGCAGUUAGAAAAGUGGUGGUAGAAGGAGAUGAAAGGAUGGCUAACUAGCCGGCGGUUUUGGUUGGCUACCGGCCCUUACUGACAACUGUGAACAUGACGUCACACUUCUCCUCUCUAUUGAAUACAACAGUAGCAGUAAUUUGUGUUAACAAUGUUAUAUGUUUGUUACUAUUGUUAGAUGCCUUUGAGACUGGUGUGCACUUGCAGUGACGCAACAGUUCGCCUAUUGUCCCCAGGCUCCGGGGAGUGCAUCACGACCAUGCUGUUACCCAGUAUGAGUAUAAUUGCUGACGUGGCUUAUGCUGCAGCUGAAAGUAUGUUCCCAGUUAUUCUUUUUCAAAGGCACGAUUAUAACAAGAUUGUUAUUUUAAACUCCUCUUUUGAAAUAGGGCGAGUUUUCCCGCAUGCACUCUCAAAUGCUUGCGAACAAGAAAUGAUUGGUUUUCGCUGCACUUCCUCGUUGUUAUAGAGUGAUGCGACUUACUGUGUAAUACUGUAUAAAACCAAAGUUACUACUUUUGUGAUAGAAACUACUGAUCUAUUAUUUAAGUUGAAAGUCGUUUUGUACAUCUCUUUCAUGAUCAAUUCCUUUUAAGUGUUAUCUUAUGCGAGUGUAAAAAGGACAUGCACUGUUGCCCUUUUAUCCGCGACAUUACAUUACAUUACGUUACGUCACGUUACAUUACUUUACGUUACGUUCCAUCACAUAUCACUGGGAACAUCAUUUUAAGUUUUUGGUUCCAUAAUUGGCAUAAUGCAGAACUUUUUCUUACUGUGCCUUCUUAAUUUUGUUUGUAGAUUUGCUGUUUACUUUGCUCUCAGAUGGUAGGAUCUUGAAGGCCUCAACGCUAACAAAUCCAUGUAAACUACUCCAGGAAUGGGACAUGAAAACCAACCCAGAUGGUAAGAGUCGUUUAUCUUUUACUAAAAGUCCAAGGUUUCUUUCUCUAACAGAACCAUUUGUAAGAGUUAGCUAUGUUUUUAGGAGAGUCAAACUUUUUAUCUUGCGGUCGCGUCUUGUAGUACACCUCACAAGCACAGGCUAGAGAGGCUCUCUCAUGAUCAACUUGUUAGUCCUUCUUUGGUCGAAAGAGGUUUUCAUUCUUGUUGGAACAUACCUUAUCUAUACUCAGUUUUCGACCCAUUAGACUAAACGCGCGAAAAUAUUCGAGACGGAAGAAAAAAAGAGACUGUCGUAGUCCUAACCGUUUAUGCUCCGCAUUUUGUUCUUGAUGUAUUUUUUGGUUGUCGUUGGUCAAAUUUACGUUGCUAUAGACUUAAGCCUUGUUUACGCCUUUCCUAAUGACAACGCCCAAGCUCAGGUAAUACAAGCGGAAAAUGUCGCAGUAGCCUGCUAAACAUUAAUUUUUUUCCCUGUUGAAGCAAAAUGCGAAUGUUGCUUAAAUGAACUAAAUAAUUAGCACUAUAUACCCGCAAUCAACUAGGAAAAAACGCCAAUCUUUUGUGGAAAGAAAACUAAGCAUGUUUCUAUUUCAUGUUACAGUUCCAAGUCCGUGCAGCUGUCUUUGCCUUUAUGAAUAUGUGGUUGAGGUAAGAAACUUAACAAAAAGAAAGUUUUGGAAUCACAUAUACGUUAACUACAAUUGGAACAAAGGUCAGUUUACAGCAUCUGACCAAGAUUUCCCUUUUUUGAGAAAGGUUUGAACCCAGGAGCUCAUUUCAUAAGUAGGUUGAGUAUGAUCGCCUGGGUGAACGUAGUCCUGAAUAGGACUGUUGUUGACAAUGACUGACGUUUCGACAACCUGUGCGGUAGUCAUCUUUAGAGUCAAAGUGAUUUGUUUACGUCAGUUGAUGGUAUUAAACUCUGGUUAUUGAUCUGAUUGGUCAACUAAGCCGCGAUGUUAUUGGCUAUGAAGACUCGAAAUGUCAUUGGUGCGUUUCGAUCCGUCUAUUGUCGCAGUUUAACAGUCGUUUAUUAGUCAAAUUGUCAGUUGUCCAGUCAUUCUCUCGUAGUUAGUUUUGCAUGAGUCCGUCAAUAAGUCGUUUGUACGGUGCCGGUAACUGUUGACUACGGAUCAGUGGCGUCUUUGUUCUAAGUUAGUAGACCAGCUUUCUAAAGUGAGUCGUUGAUAGUAGGAGGAUAAUACAUGUCACAGAGUACCAGUCGUUUUAUGUUAAUCAUAUCUACACCAAGCCCCUCCCCCACCCCCUGGCAGUUUCUUAGUGCCAUUUCUUGAACUCCAGACAAAAGCUCAAUUUGUCGUGGAAAUCUACCAAAAUGCUUUGGCAGUGACGAACAGUAACAGCACUGCCCUACGACAGAAGCCCAGAAAAGUGCUUAGUGGUGUGUUGAUUUAGAGUAAUGUUCAAUAAAACGUCCAACACAUUUUUUUAGGAUGAACUUGGAGGGGAUUCAUGGGGAGAUUUAGUGACCAUCCUCAAAUCGAAGAAAAGAGCCGAAGAGCUUGAGAGCAAAGGCCAAGCAAACGCUUACGACCGAACUCUGUUGCUUGGUGGCUGUCUUGAUGGAACGAUCGUCCUGUUUGAGUGGCAGAAUGAUAGUGCACCAGGCAAAGUCUCCUUUAAAGUAGAGGUAAGGCGUAAUGGAUAUGUUCAGCGGACAUAAAGUAAAAUAAAACACAAGCGGCGUGGCCGAGUGGUCAGCGCGUCGGACUUUCAUUCUGGCUGUUCCUGGUUCAAGUCCCGCUCUGGCCACUUGCUGGAUUUGUUCUCUGUCGUCACGAGUUCAAAUCCUCGGCCACGCUUGUAAAUAGCCAGCUGGUGGCUGCCUCCUGCCAGUUGGGGUUUUUAAUCCUGUUAUGUUGUAUUUGAAUUAUUUGUUUCUAAGUAUUUGAGUGGAGUGCCUGUAAACUAGCUGGAUAAGCUAAGUGCACUUUCCACUAUAAACAAGCCUUUUUUUAAACCUUUAAACAAACAAGUAAACAACAAAGAAAAGACAAAACGUAACCCUUAGCCAAACAGAUCAGUUUUGGAAGUAGUGUAGUGUGAAAUAGAUAGCUGUAGGAUAGUUAUUAUGAUAACCAAAUGAAAGCCAACUACAAAACCCUGAGAGGCGUUUUCCUUUUCUUGCGUUGGCCCUUCCCCUUAUCCCGCUACGGUGAGCGCAUGAUACGAGGUCAUAAUUUCAUACAAAUUACUGUAUUCUGUGAUCUCAAGCUUUGAUUGGGUGCCCUUCCAGGAAUGCGGAAAUGAACAACGGUCCAUCGGGAUUUAUAGUAACUGCUGCCUGUUGCUUUUGUUCUUAUCGAUUCUUAGCUUUUAUAGUUUUCAUAUGAUGAAUUAUUGUACAUUUUUAGUUUUUAAUUUUUAGAAUAAAUUUUUUUUAAUUCAUAAAUUUUAGCAUAUAUUAGGGCCGUGGAUUACCUGUAAACUAGCUGCUAAAGCUAAGCAUAGACUCCACGUCAAAUGAAGUGUCGUAUGACUAUCUGCCAGGAUAGGUUCUUGCCCCUAACUCCCGCGUAAGAAAAAAUCACUGAUAUAUUGCUCAAAAAUUUGAGGGUCUCAACGACGGCCAUUUCACAGCAAGAAAUUACAAUGAAAUCAUUGUUGAUUUCUUAGAUUUCGAGAUCAAUUUUCUCUUCCUCGUGCAAUGCAAAGAAUAUCAUCGCAGUUAAUGAUCAUGCUCGGUAGUUAACACAACUUGUUGUUAUUUUUAGGCUCACAGAGAUGAGGUGAUUACUAUGGUAGCAAAUCCAGCUGUAGACCAAGUCAUAUCAGCUGGCCUAGGUGAGUCUAGGGGUUUUUUUUAAAAUUACAUGUGUCCGCUGGGCCGAUACAGUUUUCUAAACUAUAGGUUUCUUAUUCGCUUUUAUUUGCCCGAUAUAAGAGAAACAAGAACGUGAGCAACAAUUUCAUUGACCUCGAGUUCGUCUUGGUCCAUGAAAGCGCGACAAAAGAACUUGGUCAAUAUCCAGCCAUUCUGACCUCACGCUUGGUCAAAAACGCAUAUUUAUUAUAUGGCUACAGUAGUACGCGCGCUCUGAUUGGCUGUUUUCUUGUAAUGACCGGACAAUACUAGCUAGAUGUCCAUGGACAUCCUUCAGGACAUUCUUGUUAUGGUCAAUUGACAGCUGUCAAAAAGAGUAUCCGCUAACCAGUGUCACAUGACCGUAUCGCUGGCGCAUACAGUAUAUAUAUAGUGCACGCGCAAGAGUGUUCUUUACCUAUCCGCGGCGUCCUAUUCUUUACAGUAUCUACUACUUAUUAACCGAGACUGAGGUCAUUAUAGGCAAAUCUCAGAGCUCGGCCUUGAUUUAUUGAGAUUUCCCUGUAAUGACCUCAGUCUCGGUUAAUAAGUAGUAUAUACUGUAAAGAAUAGGGCGCCGCGGAUAGGUAAAGAACGCUCUUGCGCGUGCACUAUAUAUAUACUGUAUGCGCGCGCUCUGCCCGUUUGUUUGCGUCAUCCACUUAAUCCAUCGCCGGCUUCAUAGCCAGUUUUACCAUGAUUUUACUGAACUUUGGCACACUAGUCUGCACAGAAAAGUCGUAUCUGUUUUCAAUUUCUAGGGUUACCAUGCCAAACCGUAGUUCUCGUGAUGCAAGGACUUUUUUCUUUAGCAAAAACUAAGGGUAGUUUUUUGUUGCAGAUCAUGCGAUCAAGAUUUGGCGCCUUUUCCCGUUUGCUGAGGAGGCCCUGGCACCUCUGAUGACCUUGUACUGCCAUGAAACCCCUCGACGUCUGACCGUAGCGCACCACAAACUUUGCGCAGCAUUCCACGAACCUGCUACUGCUUCGUAUAAUAUCGUGGUGUUCAAAACUACUCAAAAGAGUAAGUGCUUUAUACAAAUACGUAUCAUAAUAUUUCUAGGCACCUCAAUCGCGGUCAAACGUUUGUGUCAUUUCUCUACUUACUCAGCGGCAAUUUAACAACAGCGAAGCAAAACACUUUGGACGUCUGGCCGCAAAAUGAUGAUAGUGAUGAUGAUGAUGAUGAUGACGAUGAUGAUGAUGAUGAUGAUGAUGAUGAUAAUGAUGAUAUUGAAUAGAAAACAAACAAACAGUCAAACAAAAAAGAGAAAGUUAAACAAACUAAACAAAAAUGAUCAAAAGGGAAAAAAAAAAGUAAGAGGGAUACAAAGUAAAAGAUAAUGAUUAUUUCUAAAAACAUUAUGGCCUUUAAUUCCUUUCUGCAAAUUUUAAGAAUCAUUACAAUUUACGAGUAACUUUUAGUGUAAUCGGAUCUCAUUCUCAUUCCUAAACACGUUUGUAAAUCAAAAGAGCGACGUGGCUUUCUUUCACCAAAUUAACAUGCUGCAUGUGUCAAUUUCCCUUCAGAGCGGUUUGAUCAUGAUAGUGAUUUGGACCAUAUGGAUGACGUCACGGGUCUUGCCAGCUGCCCUAAGAUGAGGCUGUUUGCGUCAUGCAGCGCUGACGGCUCCGUGAGGAUCUGGGAUGAGUCCAACAAACUUCUGCGCGUUAUAAAGUUGAAUGCCACUCCCAACAGCAUCAGCUUUUGCAGUCAGAAGGGAGAUCUGAUAGUGGGCAUUGGCAAACAUCUACAUAAGAUUAACUAUGCCACUUGUAAGUACAGUCGAACCUCCAUGUGCGACCACCUCUCGUAAGCUACCACCCUUCAACUGCACGUGCAUCACGCUUUUUUGCACAUUUCUUAGCCGUUGUUGCACGACGGCGACAUGAAACUUCCUAAUUUCACACGCCCGCUUUAUAGAGUAGGUGAACACAGCACAAAAAUUUUCUCUUUCCUUUUCUAAACUUAGGUAUGGUCCUUUCGGAUUCAACCCCAGAAAAUGUCGCCAACAUUUGACAAAUUAAAUGAAAUUGAAUAAGAUCGAUGAAGCUUGAAACAGUCCGAAUUCACAUUUUAAGUGACGUUUUCGGUUUUUUGUCAUCCAGAAAUUUUGCUAGCUCGGUAACAUGACGUAACAACCUCUCCUCUCUUUAAGCCCCGGUAGCUAACCUCCAUCACGGGAGCAAUUUUCUUUGUUUUCAUUUUGAAAUUUGACUUACAUUUGCCUUCACACCCUCACUUGUAGACAUUCCCCAAUCAUAUAUUUACCGAAUGGUAGCGAUGGAUUUCCGACGGGUCGCCUCCGAGGGACCAAUCGAGAUCGACUCGGACAUCAAAGCUGGUCUAACAUCCGAGGAAUGUCAGCGUCUGAACCGAGUCAAGUCGUCCUUGCACAAAUACAGCCGCUUUAAAGACAGGCUACCACAGGAUGAAAUGGACGAAAAAAUUCAGGAGGAAGAAAGGAGAAGCCAGGUUAGGCACCACACAUCUUUGCUAACGCGUAAAAAAAUGAUAAAUGAUGAAUACGUAACUAUUCCCUUCCCGUAUGGGACUUUUCAGGGAUAAUGAAAUAAUAAUCAAUAACCUUUUAUUAUGCUUUGUCAUAAUAUUAAUAUUACACUCUAGGAAAUUUAAUUACAGUACAAGAUAUAUUAAAUGUAACGAGAAUAAUGUGCAAGCUAGGAAGUUAAAUGAACCAGUUGGUUUUCUUGUCAGCUCCCUGAACAAAACCGAAAAACAAAACAAAGUAGGAAGAACUUCUAUUUAUAUGAACUAUGUUGCUUCAUCAACGUUGAAUCUAAUUUAUUCAGUUGGUUAGAUAGUUCUUCCAAUUUUGCAUUUAUAGGAGCAAGCUCCUGCUUUAAAAGAUUUUUGACCUGCUCGAAAGUGAUACUUGCAGCCAUUGUGAGCAAUUUUAGCAUCGAUGGCGGGACGGCUAGAAAACGUGGCCGUCCACCAUAACGACAUAUGCUAAUCCAAUCUCAAAUAAACAAAUGAAACAAAUAAAUUUGAAUGGAAAAUACAAGGUUAAGAAUCCCAACUGGUAGGAGGCGAACUUUACAAUCGCGGCCAAGGAUUUGAACUCGGGACUGCCAAGAACAAAUCCAGCUAGCGGUCAGGGAGAGGGACGUUGGACUCGGGGCCUCCGGAUUACAAGUCCAGCGCUCUGACCGCUCAUCCACACUGCCCGAAAAACAAACAAAUAGACAAACAAAACACGCGCACACAGACUAUGGCUUUCACGGUCAAUUGACAAUUAGAAACCUAAUCAACUGAAUCAGGUCACUUUAUGGGUGUUGUGGAAGCUAUGGUUGGUUAACUAUAAGGAGUUUUAAGCAGAAACGUUUUUGAGCGACGAACGUCAACCGGAAGUGAGCCUUUUUCACUUUUAAUAUGCCUUGAUGCUACCAAAUUUGUGUUGCUAAGUGCCUUUUUUCUUAAAAAGACGAUUUGUCCAAGAAUUUGUUCGAAAUCACGGCCGAAGAGUGCAAAAACUCCAUUUGCGGUAGAAGUGCGUCGCUCGAAAACGCCGCUGCUUAAACUCUGUUGUGGUUUGGUCAUUGUUCAGUCUCUUUUCAAUCUUUUGCUGCUUAAACUCUGUUGUGGUUUGGUCAUUGUUCAGUCUCUUUUCAAUCUUUUGUAUCACGUGAUGUGGUGAUUACAGCCAUCCGCGACGCCGAGAAACCACCCACUUUAUAACAAUCUGAUUCAGGAUGGACGUCUUCACUAAACGGAACACAUCUGAUUGUUAUCAUCUUUUUCCUCUCUAGGCGUUUUCCAAAAUCCAAGAACGCGAGAGCGAAUUGCGUAAACUUCGCGAUGGAACCUACGAAUUUAGCCGGAAACGACAAAACGUCGACCUAGAGACAGUCCGCGGAGAAGCGUUCGACAGAUACUUGGAAAUCUUCUACAAACGACCUUGUAUCGAUCUUCCAGACGACGAUUUAGAGGACGAAAAUGGUUAUGAAGAGGAAGAAGAGCGAUACGCUCCCGACAGAGGAAACGGAUUUUUUUCAAUAAGCAGACAGUCGACAAGAUCCAAGAAAGGAGAGGCUUCUUCCUCUGAAAAAUCCGCUCCGAAAGCGCCGAUCAUGAGUCUGUCCAUGUCUGAGUUCGAGCCCAUACAAUUAAAAGACGAUGCCAGGGACUCACCUGUGUUGCCCACAAGCAAAGAGCAGGAUGAAUUGUCAAGGUAAGCCCAUUGGUUUGUUGUUUCAGUUAUCGGCGGUACAUUCAGCAAUGGAAACUAAGCGAAAGGGCUUUGUACAAUAACUGAGUGAUUUCUCACUCGCUUAUUUGUCGAACUGUCGACAGAGGUGACGUUAACGAAACGAUUCGCAACCAUGGUUUUUAGCCGAACACAGCGUUGCAACAUUGUUGCGACAUUGUUUCGAAUGGUUACAACAUUUUUCCAACAUUGAAAAGCUGUAGAAAAAAAAAAGUGUUAAUGAUAUAAGAAAUAAAUCAUAUAUGAACUGCGGAAAUGAAAUGGAAAUGAAGAAAUGAUCGUCGCAGUGAACGCAAUUUAUGCAAUUGCGUAAAAAAGCCUGAAAGAAAUUGAAAAGCUGUGUUGCGCUAAAAAUCAAGGUUGCGAAUUGUCUCUUGUAAGAGUGCAGACCAUGGAAAUGGCAUGAUGGUGGCUCAAUUUCUUUGUCUUUGUCGCGCGCGCGAUUUUCCAAGAAACGUCAAUGGUAAUGGACUUUAAAAGCUGUCACUGUUAUUGUAAAAACAAAUCGACAACAAUCAAUUUUCCAUGGUCUGCACUCUUACCGACUAUAGAAAUGACGUCAUAAUGUUUACAACGGUGCAGUGAAACCACUCGCUUGCGGUUGGUGGUUUCACUUGAGUUUUGAACAUUUCGACGUCAUUUCUAUGGUCGAAAAGAUUUCAGACCACUAAAAAUUGUUGUCGAUUUAGUUAAUUCUUCAUUUAUACCGUUCGUAAGCUGUUUUGAAUAAAAGAAUGUUUGACUUCAGAAUCAAUUGUAACACCAGCUAUUCAAUAUUGAAUGUUGUGAAUCGCUUCGAAAGUGGUUACUCUGUCCAAUCACAGCCGGUCAGGUCAGCCCAGUUAAAACAAUGAGAACUAGACGGAAGUAGGCGUAGCCUGCGUAAAAGGCGGGAAAACUCAAAGAACGAGUCCCGACCGGUUUUGGCAUUACUUCUGAUUUGUUGACAAAAAGGCGCGAGAUUUCUUAACCAAUCAAAGAGAACCGAAAUGCAAAACCAAAGCAAUCACUUAGUCUUUUGGUAAAGUACCAUCACUGACCAGCUUCAAAUUUCUCCUAACAGUUUUACUUAUGUGGUGUGACAAAUUAGGUAAUAGGAUUAUGGGAAAUUGGUUUAGAGUCUGAGAACAAUAGCUAUUCAUACAAUGAUGUGAAUGCUACGCUGUGAUUGGUCGAUGCCCAUAUAAGAGUACAGAUACAUGGAUGACGUCAGGGGAAACUUGUUUUCUUUGUUAUGUUCAACAUGGUGCGUGGCUUUGAAAAUGUUUGUGAGAUUAUUUUGCAUUAAGCAAGUGAAAGCCUAGUAAAAAGGUUUAGCGGGAGCUAUUCAAAUAGUGAUUCAAAUGUGGUAAAAACAUCAGUGACACACUUGCAGGCUUCUUUGUUUUUGUCACAUUUUGCGCGUCAUCUGUGAUCUAUUACUGAACGGACGCACGGUAACAUGGAAUCUAUUUGUUAAAUACACUAGCUUGUAAAUUACAUUUGUAAAAGUUUUAUUAAAUUGACCCCAGCUCCAUUCAACCACUUUAGAAACGAGAAGGAAACUGGGCCGAGUUAACUUUUGCGAAGACUCAAGCACUCUGGCAGUGAAAGGGUUAAGCUCCCUAAUGGAUCAAACGCUGAUGAGAUGCGUGAGCAAACAAUCUAGGCAGAUACAAAAUACUUCAAUCUUUGGAAGGGUAAAUUACUAACAUCGACUUAUGGCUCAUUCUUCACAGAUCUGAACGCCCUUUUACCUUAGACACAGAGAGUGAGAUUUUUUCUCACGAGGAAACAAGUUCCAGGAUAUCCCACUCGGCGCCUUCUCACAGACAGGACUUCCGACGUCAUCCGAUAGAACCACCGCUGGUGAAUCGGGACCGCGAUCGAUACGUGGUCGACGUGCCGAAGUCUGAUCGGUACCCGUCGCCGAGUCAAUCUCGCCAGCUUGUAUCGCAAAGACUCUCGCGACUGGCCUCUUCAGCUGAUGACGGAGACGAGGACACGUUCGUAAUUGCGCCCGAUGGUUUUAUUCCGAACUCUGUGGUUGUCGCUAUGUUUAAGGAUUUACGGGAAGAAGGCACGGAAGAAACAGAUACCUGGAAACCACCUCAGCUCACAGCAGAACAAUUAGCUGAACUAGAAAGCAGAAAGAAGGUAAAUACGGGAGAGAAAUUUUCACUGCUUCUAGACGAACCUUUAAGCUAGUUCCGCGAUUGCAACGGCCACCGAAAGUUAGAAGCAUCUGCUGUAUGAGAAAAAUAACUUUUGCCAUCCAGUCACGCUUGCAUGGUCUUCCAUACAAAUCCUUGUAAAUUUCGAAACUUUCAAACUGUCAUGAAAUAUUUCCUCAAGCAUUACGGGGCUCAAAUCUCCUUUUAAUUCAUAACAGGCAAUUUGAGCCCUUAAAUGCGUAAGGGAAAAAUUUAACGACAGUUUUAAAAUUUUAGAGUUUAAGAUUUAAUGUGUCAUGAACGAAAAUCUUCAGUACGUUUGCUUGAAUUUGUUUCUCUUUUUCUUUGUGUAUAGAAACUUCCAAAAUCUCCAGAGAGUCCAAAAGAAAAGCGGAGCAGGACAAAAUCGAAGUUCGCUGAUCAACUUCAGCUUGCUUUACGAGAUAUUCCAUCACCAGAACCUUUGGAUGAUAGCGAACUGCUGAGGUCUCCCACUCCAACACCGCCCCCGUCCCCUCCCACCGCGAAAGAACCAUCUCCCCGCAGGACCCCAUCCCCUAAAAAGGAAAUCAAACCACUUAAGCCGAUUGAGAAAUUAGUGACGCGCCCAAAGCCUCCAACACCACAACCGUAAGUACAACUGUAAUCGGAGUAAUCCUUUGAUUCAAUGGAAAGUUUCAACAAGGUAGACUGUUCACAGUCCCCUAUUUUCUGUAAGAUCGUCGAGAUCGAGCGCUUUGCGUUGCGGGCAGUCAUCUUGGAUGAGUGCUGUCUGUACUACUUAGGGACGGGAGGGGGCGGUUUGCGAAGAAGCGCUUUAAAUCCCGACGCCGUCCCCUGGGUACAUAUGAAACCAAGAUGGCCGUCCGUACCGCUAAGCGCUCGAUCCUGACGAUUUUACAAAAAAACAGGAUACUGUGAACAGUCUAUCAACAAUGUAAAGGUUAAAAUUUUAAUCUGCAAGAUAACAAAAUGCCAAAUAAAAGAUAACCGGAAUAAGUUACUGUUUAACAACUUUCAUAUGAUUGCAUGGUCACAGCGUAGGAUUUUAUUCACAGGCCCAAGAACGUGAUCGAUCUAGUACCCCAUAACGAGCAAUACAGCUUUAGAUCUUUUGUUUGCACAAUGGCAAUACUUGAUUUUCCCUAAGAGAAACUUCUAGUCAAGUGGAAAGUUAGAGCUUUGUCAGGGCUCGAAAAAAAGCUUGAAUUCCAGCUUGUCCUUUUGGCGAGCUGCUCUCAUAUUUUGCUUGCCCAGGCCAUUUCUCGCUCAUCUUAGUUGAUGAUUUAGUAAGAAGAUGAUUUGCCUGGACCUUUGCCCAGGAAACAAAUCUGCCUGUCCCGCACUACCGGCCGAGACUUUAUUUAAGCCCUGUUUGCAGGUAGUUUGUUGCUGCUGUUUAAAAGUUUUCCAAACUAUGCCUAAUCCUGUUUUAACGUAAUAUGUCUACGUAAGUUUAAGAAAUAAAAAGGUAGUUAAUAAUUUAAAUGUUUUAAACUAAAUGAAGUAAGAUUAAUUAACUUCAAGCAAACAUAUUGAAGAUUUUAGUUCAUCACGCAUUAAAUCCUAAACCUUUUGUUUAACAAAAAUGUACGCUUAUUGUUUGAGGAGUUUGAAUUAAUAAAUGUCUAAACCAUAAACUGUAAUUUUUGUUAAAGAACACAGCUGUCCAGCGUAAAUGUAAAACAAAAUGGUUGGUUUUCACCUCCCAUUCAUUCAAACAACUCGGAACUGGACAAACAAAGCCCGCAUAAUCAUCAUGACCACCAUUGUCAGGUGUUGCCUCUCCAAGAAGAGAAUUUGGAUGCUAGGCCACCGUCGCCCUCGUCGCUGGCCAUUAAGUUAAUCUCUGUUGAAAAUGAGGUCGUCAAUCCAGAUGAACUUACGCUUAAGGAAAGGUAAACUGAAUAUUAAGCCGGACCAAUUUAAGAGGAUUUCAAUGGGGUUUACCGUCAGCCGUCAAACGGUUUUAAAUUAACCGUCAACCGUCAAAAAGGUAAUUUUUUGCCGCCGACCGUUAAAAGUGGAGGUUAAUAUUAACCGUAAAAAGUGUCAAGGUAUUUCAAAUCUCACUGUUUCAGCUAAUCUUCAUAGAAUCUCUUAACUGGACAAACCAGUUCCCGUGUUCGCAGAAACACUCUCUUUAGCUAUUUUAAAACCUUACAACUUGCUUAUAUCUGAAAAUAUUUCGAAAUUUUAUAAGUGAAAGGCCAAGACUAGACAACCCCGGAAACACAACAGUUAACAUUAAUUUAUACAGUAGCUAAUAGUUACCUUAAACUCUUGGAAUAAAUUUUCACUUCAUAAUCGUCAACCGUCAAAGCAACAACCCCAUUGAGACCCUCAAUCAAUUUAAUCUAGGGAUAAGUAAAUCUUGCCUUUUGUCUUUAAUCACGCGGGCAUUGUUAGCUACUUUAAAUAACACUCACACUGAAGAACUAAAUUCAUACCUAAUAUCAACAUCUAAUCAUAGUUGUUCGUUAUAUAUUAGCGUAGGUAAAGCUUCAGCAAUUUUAAUUUCGAUAAAAUACCAGCAAUAACCCGCCGUGUGCCAGUGUUUUAGCUAACGUUAUGUUUUUAAAUCAAACAUUUUUCACCCUCGUGGCAUCGAAAAAAUAUUGUAAAUGAGGUUCUCUACAUGUACAGUAAUUUUCUAGUAGAGAGAAAAGUUUGUCCAGUGCAAUAAAUUUUUCCAAGUUCAACCGGUGUCUUAGCAAUGACUAACUGUCGUUUUUUCGUUCAAUUUUUCAGGACACCCCUCCUCCAAAGGAACCAACUCCAACCCCUCCACCUCCCCCUCCCACUCCAUUACCCUCCUUCAUAA